AUGAUCCAUCCAAAGAAGCUUGCUCAGCUGGCCAAGAAGUGCCAGCGGAUGUUGGCAGCCGGGACCGGUGCUCGCCACCGGCAGCAUGCCUCAGACAUGGUCGAUGAUGAUUGCUGCAGCACAGCGUCAUCUGUGGUUGCCGAUGAGGGCCACUGCAUGGUGUACAGCACCGACGGAGCACGGUUUGAGGUCCCUCUGGCGUACCUCGGGACGACGGUCUUCGCCAAGCUCCUGAGGAUGUCUGAGGAGGAGUUUGGGUUCGCAAGCGGCAGCGAUGGAGGCAGGAUCACGCUGCCCUGUGACACCAUGGUGAUGGAGUACGUCUUGUGCCUUAUCAGGAGAGAGACCUCUGAGGAGGUUGAGAGGGCAUUCUUGAGCUCUAUUGCUGAGCAUUGCCACAACUACAGUGCUAGUUGUGUGGCGCCAUCGAUGGGACUCAGCCAUCAAUUUGCUCUUUGUACUUAG